AUUAUGCGCGAGAGAAGGUGAAAUUGAAUUGACCUUUGACGGUAACACACCGAAGGUAAGAGGAGGUCCGAUUAUUCCAUGGAAAUCUCGCAUGAUCGCCAGGAAGAAUAUCAACACCGAAGAUAUCAAGAAUUUUGACGGGUCAAUGGAUCAAAGAGUGGUGGAAGAUGAAAAUUUGGUUAGCGCAUCGGGAGAGCUUCGAGGAGAAUACACAAUCAAAAUU